AUGGAAAAAUUUUUAAUUAAACGCGCAAGUACAAGUGCAAGUGCAAGUGAAAAUAAAAAACGUAAACUGUCGGAAACAAUAACGGACCAGCCUAUCAACGAGGAAUUGGAAGAAAAAAAAACUUUAAAUGUUGAGAACCAAAAAAAAGAACGUAAAUAUCAAGAUCAGUAUAUACAAUUUGGAUUUACUUUUAUUGAAGAAAAAGGUAAGCAUCGUCCUAAGUGUGUUAUAUGUUUAGAAAUAUUGGCUUCCGAAAGUAUGAAACCCUCUAAACUUAAACGACAUUUAGAAACGAAACAUCCGCAAUAUAGUAAUAAAGAUGAACAAUUUUUUAAAAGACAUGAAAAUGCAUUAAAGGUUCAAAAAAAAGUUAUAAAUAAAUUUUCUACAGUUUCACAAAAAGCUUUAGUUGCAUCAUUCGAGGUUUCAUACUUAAUAGCAAAAACAAAAAAACCGCAUUCGAUUGGCGAAUCUCUUGUCUUGCCAGCUGCUAUAAAAAUUGUAACGGCUAUGCACGGUGAGGCAUAUGCAAAUGAUUUAAAAUCAAUUCCAUUAUCUGAUAAUACUGUAUCACGUCGGAUUUCAAACAUAUCUGAUGAUAUAUUAAAACAACUUUUAAAUAGAUUGCGAAGUAAUUAUUUUGCAAUGCAACUGGACGAAUCUACAGAUAUCUCUAACUUUUCUCAACUUCUUGUCUAUGUCAGGUAUAUUUACAAAGAAGACAUUUUAGAAGACUUUUUAUUUUGUCAAACUUUAAAUGGCAGGACCACUGGUAAUGACAUAUUUACCCUUAUUAAUGCAUUUUUUGAAAAUAAUGAAAUUUCGUGGUCAAUGUGUAAGCCCAUUUGUACAGAUGGGGUAGCAGCACUUACUGGAUCAAAGAAAGGUUUUAGAGCUAAAGUUAACGAAAUUUCACCAAAUAUACUAUUUACUCAUUGUAUGAUUCAUAGGGAAGCUUUAGCAUCUAAAAAACUUGAACCAUUUGUCAACGAAGUACUACAAGAUGCUAUACGUGUAAUUAACUUUAUAAAAUCAAAAUCAUUAAAUUCUAGAUUAUUUACGAUACUAUGUAAUGAAAUGGGAUCUGAUCAUACAAAACUACUACUUCAUACUGAAGUUAGGUGGUUAUCCCGUGGUAAAAUAUUAUUAAGAAUUGUUGAGCUUAAAGAUGAAAUACGAAUAUUUCUCCUUGAACAUAAAAAUACACUCGCAGAACACUUCUUAAAUGAAGAAUGGUUAGCAAUUUUAAGUUACCUUGCCGAUAUUUUUGAAAAAUUAAAUAAUUUAAAUUUAAGUCUUCAAGAAUUUAUUGCUGACAAUGAAAUAUUUGAUAUUAAAAAAAUAAAAGACAUAAUAUUACUUCAUCUCGAAAAUUUGAAAAACCAUUUUAACACACGGUUUGAAAAGUUUCCAGAAAAAAAGUUGGGAUGGAUAAGAAAUCCAUUUUCUAUUAAUAUAAAUGAAAUGAAUUCUGAAUUAAGUUUAGUUAUGAACGAGGAAUUAAUUGAGUUAUCUGCCGAUGAAAAUCUGCGUAUAAAAUUUAAUGAAACUACAAGUGAUAAAUUUUGGAUUUCUAUAAAAUCAGAAUACCCAGAAUUGUCCAAAGUAGCUGUAUCAACACUUCUGCCAUUUGCAACCACUUACCUUUGUGAAACGGCGUUUUCAGCUCUUACAGUUAUAAAAAACAAAUAUCGGACAAAAUUAAACUUAGAAUCAGAUCUAAGAGUUGCAGUCUCUAAUAUAAAACCUAAUAUGGAAACAAUCAUUUCAAAAGCUCAAGCUCAAGUAUCCCAUUAA